AUGGCUCUCCGCAUCGCCCCGGUCAAGCUGGCGGACCUCGACACCUUCAUCUCCGAGGCAGCCACCGCACCCACCCCCGGUGACGACCUCGUUGCACCGCCCAACCCGCUCGCCUGGCCCGUCACCACUUCCGCCGAGGCCGAGCAGCGCGCCCGCAGGUGCUUCGCCCUGCAGAGGCGGCGCGUCCUCGAGGAUCCGACGACGCGGUUUAUGAAGGUCGUCGACGACGACACCGGAGCCACCGUCGCCGUAGCCCGGUGGCACUACUACCCCGACGGCUACGCCUACGCCAGCGAGGCGGCGUGGGAGAUGGCACCGCUGAUGAGCACAAACGAUGACGACGACGACGAUGAGGCGUACCCGCCGCCCAACUUCAACGUCCGCCUGCACAACCACAUCCUCACCGAGCGCGACUCGUUCCGCGAGAGCUGGAUCCCUCUGGGCGAGCCGUGCUGGAUCCUGAUGCACCUCGUCACCCGGCCGAGCCAGCGCCGCCGGGGCGCCGCGGGGAUGCUGGUCCGGUGGGGCAUGGACCGGGCGCGCGAGACCGGGGCGCCGGCGUACCUCGAGGCCGGGGUGCAGGGCAUGCCCGUGUACGAGAAGUUUGGGUUCGUACCUGUGGGUGAUGUGAGGAGGGUAAGCUUGGAGGGCCUUGGCGAGGUACCUGGCGGGUUGAAGGAGUUUGUCCUGGUGAAUAUGAAGUGGGAUCCGAGGGUUGAUGGGAAGGGAGAUGAGUAG